UUCUUAGUGGCGUACUGUCACUUUAAGACGCCGCGGUGCAUUCUGGGUAGCUUGGCUAGCUGUUGUGGUCAAAGAGAACCGAUGGCUCUUUUUCUGACAUUUCGGCUUCAAUAAAACGUAUGUAACGUGAAUUAUAACGUUUAUUCGUUCGGUAGGGUUUUAAUUAAAAGCAAUUUUAAUUUAUAAAUAUUGUAAUUGUCUGUACUGGACGACUUGAAGGGCAAAUUAACGUGGAAGCUACGUUGCUAACGAUGCUAGCCUCCCAGUGCCGAAUCGUUUUUAAUACUUCUCAUAUAAGCUUGUUAUUAGUGCAACUCGUGACUAAUAUAUGAUUAAUAGACAAUAUAUGAUAAAUAUGAUAUGUUUGCCAUGUCCCGAAGUAUAACAUGUCAAAGUAGGCUGGCCUUUGUUUCCCAACGUUACGCUACAAUCGAUUGACCUCCUGGAAUAAUCAAUAGGUGUUAUUGAAAUGGAUCAGAGUGUCAAAAUUACUGCCAAUGACGACAUAGUCAUCAUCGUGGAGAACGAGGCAGAGAGUUUGCCCCUUGGGGAGGAGAGACCGAAGCCACAAGGCGCAUUCGGGCUCAUGGACACCUGCCCCAUCUGCAAGUUGAGUUUUCAUAACCGAGAGCCCAAACUGCUUCCUUGUCUUCACUCGUUCUGCAAGAGAUGCCUGCCGGCACCGUUCAGGGGGGUCGAACCCAGAAGGGACCACUCCCUCCACCCCCUCGGCCAAGUGGAAAACAACAAACAAUUGGGUACCAUCCGUUGCCCGGUUUGCCGACAGGAAUGCUGGGAAAUGGACAUGUUGGACAACUUCUUUGUCAAGGACUCGGCCGAGGUCCCGAGCAGCACCAUGGAGAAAAACAGCCAGGUGUGUAUGAGUUGUGACGACAACACGGAGGCCACGGGUUACUGUUUGGAGUGCGUGGAGUUCUUGUGUGUGACCUGUAUCGAGGCGCACCAGAGGGUGAAGUUCACCAGGGAUCACACAAUCCAACAAAAGAAAGAAAUGUCACCAGAAGCAGUAGCUGUCUCCUCCCAGAAGCCCGUUUUUUGUGACAUCCACAAGCAGGAGCCGCUGAAGCUUUUUUGCGAGACGUGCGAUCGACUCACCUGUCGAGACUGUCAGCUGCUCAAACACAAGGAUCACAACUAUCAGUUUUUGGAGGAUGCGUACCGGAACCACCGACAGUAUCUGGAGAACAUGACGCAGCAGCUGCAAGAAAAAAGGAGAGCCAUCGAGGAGGUGUCCAACUGUAUCAGCAGCGGACUGCAGCAAGUUGAAGAAAACCGCAAAUCCGUCACCAACGAAAUAAAGAAGGCUAUCUGCAAUCUGAUUAUGGAGAUUAACAGAAAGGGAAAAGUUCUCGCCAACCAGCUUGAGACUCUUACCAAAGAUCACGAGCUGGGUCUGAAAAAGCAGCAGGACGAAGUCAACCUGCUGCGCCGGCAACUGGACCACGUGAUCAGUUUCACCAAGUGGGCCACGGCCAGCCACAGCGGCACGGCGCUCCUCUACUGCAAGAGAUUGAUUUUAUUCCAGAUCCACUAUCUGAUGGGCACCAGAUGCAAUCCGUCCACCAUCCCUCAGAGUUCUGUCCGCUUCCAGUGCCGCUCCGGUUUCUGGGCCUCAAACGUCGAUCUGGGUUCUCUGGUGGUGGAGAGAAACUCCGCCCAGCCGUCCAUGCCCAACCAACAAGCAGGUCCCAGAGGAGAUCUGGCGAGCGGGGCGCUGUCGCUAGCUCAGCAGCGCCAGAGCACGCUCGCCCAGCUGCAGAUGCAGCAGCCCCACAGGCAGGCCGCGUCCAAUCAUUGGUCCUGGUACCAGAACGCCCGGCUCCCCGGGCCGCACGGAUCCCACGCCCCACCGGGCCCACCGGGCCCACCGCCGCCGCCGCCGACCAGACCCAUCCAGGGGGGCUCCUCGCCAUCUCAGGGCCACAGCAGCUUGGCGCAGAUGGGACGGCGAUUCGGGACCGCCCAUGCCAACACGAAGAGUCCCAACUCGUCAAUCCUGCCCAACACCGGGUUCCCGACUCCACAGGGGACCUUUCGCUAUCCAGCUCACAUGUCCGCUGGAGGGGCCUCACAUGGACCGUCAAACCAGCGGAACAUGGGAGACUUCAGCUAUCUGAAGAGGGUCGAAGCCGGUGGGCCGGGCCCGUCCGUUAGCAUCACAAUGGCGAGAAGCCUAGCAUCGGCGGGCACUGACAAACUGGUUCAAGGAAGGCAUAACUCGCCCAUGAUUAAACCGACAUCUUCGGAACGAAGCGGAGGGCCCCCGUCCUGGAAGCCGAGCACCGAGACGCCAGCCGCUCCCUCGGCCAAGCGACGGAGAAGGUCGUCCCCGGGGCCCAUUAUCAUCAUCAAGGACGAACCGGAGGACGAGGAUGAAGUCCGUUUUGUGCAGUCGAGCCUCCCCGACAGCAGCACGGGGGCGUGUCCCACCCUGCAGCUCAAGAUCGGCCCCCCUUUCUCCACACGCCAAUCCGAGUCGGAGCAGGCGAGCGAGCCCCGCCCUCAGCCCGGCGCCCAGCCGGCGUCGGAGAAGAGCGCCGCGGCGGAGGACGACCCCAACGAGGACUGGUGCGCCGUUUGCCAGAACGGAGGAGAGCUGCUGUGCUGCGACAAGUGUCCCAAAGUUUUCCAUCUGGCCUGCCACAUCCCUUUGCUGCACGAGUCGCCAAGCGGCGAGUGGUUCUGCUCCUUCUGCCGGGACCUGGUCUCACCCGAGAUGCAAUACGAAUGCGACAAGCAGGACACGCAGGCGGGAGAAAGACUGCCACCUGUUGACCAAAGGACAUGCGAGCGGCUGCUUCUGCUUCUCUUCUGCAGUGACUUUAGCACCCACUUCCAGCACGCAUGCGAGUCCAAAAAAUAUAAAGAGGUGAUCACCAAGCCGAUGGAUUUGUCUCUCGUGAAGAAGAAGCUGGAGGGGAAGACGAGCGACGGCAAGCGUUACCUUACCCCCGAGGAGUUUGUCGCCGACGUGAGGCUCAUUUUCAUGAACUGUGCCAAGUACUACAAGGCGACUACUGAAGUGGGCAGCGCCGGCUUGUACUUGGAGGACUACUUUGAGGAGCAGCUGAGGCUGCUUUACCCCGACAAGGUAUUCCCCGGCGAAAGGGAAGGCGGCAUGAUCCCGCCGCUGGAGGACGAGAUCGACGACGACGACGAACAGCAGCAGCAGGAAGGCGCGGCCCCCUCGGAGGCAGCCGCCAGUUCCGUGGCGAACGCACCCCCACCGGCGGAGGAGAGCGCGCCCCCGUCGAAGGAAGCCGCAGAAGACGAGCUACCGACGAAGGAGCAGGCGACCGACAUGAGCGAGGCGGGAACAAAGGCGGCGACUGAAGACGGAGCAAAGCCGCUCCCAGAGGACAAAGUCAAGCAAGAGGACGAAGCAGAAGUCAAAACGUCCGAAGCGGCCAUCGGCUCCCCCAACGAGGAACGCACCCCGCUCCCUAACGAGCAGACUUGCGAUGUCACGAAAAGCCAGGAAAAUGUCCCCGAGGAAGAAAUGCAGGAAGAGACAGCGGACACCAGCGAAGAAGUGGAGGAAAAAGAAGGCUGAUGACAUCUUUUUCGAUAUAGGCCCAUUUAAGCAUGUUAUUUAAUACGGACCGGAAGCUCUUUGUGAGAUUCUGCAGGGUGGACAAUUUAUCGUUGUCAUGACUCAAAAGUCAACAACCUCAUCCAUGCACGAGUCAUCUUUUGUUUUAUACCUCACACUUCUUUGUUCUUGCGCAAUAGGAUUUUUCUCUUAUCAGUGUUGUAUUCAUUACGACGAUAUAUGUUCUGUACAGGUUGAAUGAAGCGCACCCAUUUAAAUAAUCCCUUUUGAUGAACAACAAAACAGAACGUCUUAAUCUGCUUUUUUUUAUCGUCGCCUAUGAGCUCAUC